GAGAUUUCACAUCACAAAGAACUCUAUGGUUAUUCGGAUAUUAAAAAGUUAGUGAUUGCGAAAAACGCUUUAUUUAAAUUAAUUUCGAGUCAUAUUGUGGAUUAAUAAAUAAUUAAAUUUAAAGGACAAACAUGGUAUAUGACAUGACCCAUUUGGUACCAUCUCAGAGCAUCGCAUUGGGAAGCUACUAUAUUCCUGAGGACCAUGUCGUGAUGCCGUGUGAAAAUGUUCCCCAAACGACGCCACAUACACCGCGGCGGCGAACUACUCCGAUCACCAAUUUGGAUCCAUCGGAAUUGGUGGGAUUGUCAAGGGAAGAACGUCGUCGACGUCGUCGAGCAACACUUAAAUAUCGUACAGCCCAUGCUACACGGGAGCGGAUACGAGUUGAGGCUUUCAAUGUAUCAUUUGCUGAGCUUCGCAAAUUGCUUCCAACCCUUCCACCUGAUAAGAAGCUAUCAAAAAUCGAGAUUCUCAAACUUGCCAUUUGUUAUAUUGCCUAUUUGAAUCAUGUUCUUGAAACAUAAAUUAUUAUUUUUUGGUUCUCUCAUAACACAAUAUUUAAAUCUAGUUCGAUAAUCAAC